ACAGACAAUUUACGCUAGAAAGUGGAAUGAUGGCCAAAUUAUUUCAGCUUGCCAUAGCUCAGCUAUUUAUCUGAAUCAGCUGUGAGUAGAGACAAACCAAUCAUAAGCAGAUAGAUAGUUUACUGAAUUUGCGUGCCACAAUGCUCCUCCUUGUGUUCCUGCUCUUCUCCAGCCUACAGCUCUCCACGACGAAGGCCAUCGACACCCUUGCUCUAGGCCAGUCUCUCCCAUGGAACGAGACGCUGGUGUCCGAGGGUGGCAACUUCGAGCUCGGCUUCUUCUCCCCCGGCAACUCCGGCAAGCACUACGUCGGCAUCUGGUACAAGAAGAUCUCCAAGCAAACGGUGGUGUGGGUGGCGAACCGGGAGCACCCGAUCGUCAAGCCGUGGACGUCCCGCUUCAUGCUCAGCAUCCACGGCGAGCUGCUACUCCUCACAACGCCGUCGGACACUUUGCUGUGGUCGUCUAACGCGUCCUCCCGUUCGCCCCCAAGCACCACCGUGGCCACGCUCCAGGACGACGGCAACCUCGUGGUGCGACGGAGCAACGCGACGUCGAGUUCCGGCGACGUGGCGUGGCAGAGCUUCGACCACCCCACCGACACCUGGCUCCCCGGGGCCAGGCUCGGCUACGACAAGGGGGCCGGCGUCCACAGCUUCCUCACGUCGUGGACGGACAACGAGAACCCAGCGCCCGGCGCGUUCACCAUGGAGAUCGACACGCGCGGGCAGCCCAAGUUCGACCUGUUCGCUGCUGCUGCCGGCGCGCGCAACCAGUACUGGACGACCGGCCUGUGGGACGGCGAGGUCUUCGCGAACGUGCCGGAGAUGCGGUCCGGCUACUUCGCUGGGUUCCCCUACGCGCCGAACGGCAGUGUCAACUUCUUCACCUACCGCGACCGGACCACGAUGAUGGGCGUCGGCAACUUCAUGCUGGACGUCAACGGGCAGAUGCGGCGGCGCCAGUGGGGCGAGACGGCCGGAAAGUGGAUUCUCUUCUGCUCGGAGCCGCACGACACCUGCGACGUCUACGGCUCGUGCGGCCCCUUUGGGUUAUGCAGCAACGCCACCAGCCCCGCGUGCCAGUGCCCCGCCGGCUUCGCGCCGCGGUCGGAGCAAGAAUGGAAACUGGGUAACACCGCCUCCGGGUGCGAGAGGAGGAGCCUGCUCGAGUGUCCCAAAGACGGCUUCCUGGAGCUUCCGCACGCCGUGCAGCUGCCCAGUGGCUCGUCCGAGGCCGCCGGAGUUAGGAACGGCAGGGACUGCGAGCGCUCCUGCUUGAAAGAUUGCUCCUGCACCGCGUACGUUUACGAUGGAACCAAAUGCUCGAUGUGGAAGAGCGAGCUCGUUAACUUGAGGGCACUCUCGACUGACGACCAAGGCGGUAAUCCUGGCAUCGCCGGAGCUGUUCUUCACCUCCGCGUCGCGCGCUCGGAGGUGCCGGCGUCGUCGCAUACGCAUUCGUGGAAGAAAUCGAUGGCGAUCCUCGGGGUCGUAGUUGCGGCCGUGGUGGUGCUGCUGGCAAGCAUUGUGAUCGGGGUGUCCAUGGCGGUGUUGCUGCGGAAGCGUCGGGGGAAGGGGAAGGUGACGGCGGUGCAGGGCUCUUUGCUGCUGUUCGACUACAACGCCGUGAGGACCGCGACGAGGAACUUCUCGGAGAAGCUCGGGAGCGGGAGCUUCGGCACGGUGUACAGGGGCACGCUGCCGGACGCGACGCCGGUGGCUGUGAAGAAGCUGGACGGGUUACGGCAGGGCGAGAAGCAGUUCCGGGCCGAGGUGGUCACCCUCGGCGUGAUCCAGCACGUCAACCUCGUCCGCCUCCGUGGCUUCUGCUCCGAGGGGAACAAGAGGGCGCUCGUGUACGACUACAUGGCCAACGGAUCACUGGACUCGUACCUGUUCAAGACCGGCGGCUCGGCGGCCUCGGACGCCAAGGCGUUGAGCUGGGGGCAGAGGUACACCGUCGCGCUGGGCGUGGCCAGGGGCCUGGCGUACCUGCACGAGAAGUGCCGCGAGUGCAUCAUACACUGCGACAUCAAGCCGGAGAACAUCCUCCUGGACGACGAAAUGGGCGCCAAGCUCGCCGACUUCGGCAUGGCCAAGCUCGUCGGCCACGACUUCAGCCGCGUCCUCACCACCAUGCGCGGGACGCUCGGGUACCUCGCGCCUGAGUGGCUCGCCGGCGCGCCGGUCACCGCCAAGGCCGACGUCUACAGCUUUGGCCUCGUGCUGUUCGAGAUCGUCUCUGGCCGGCGCAACAACGCGCCGACGGAGAAAGGAGGCUACGGGACGUACUUUCCGGUGCACGCCGCCGUCUGCUUGCACGGCGGCGACGCGGUCAGGCUGCUCGACGAGAGGGUGGCCAAGGAUGCGGACAUGAAGGAACUCGAGAGGGUCUGUCGUGUUGCCUGCUGGUGCAUCCAGGACGAGGAAGGCGACCGGCCGACAAUGGGACUCGUCGUGCAGCAGCUUGAAGGAGUCGCCGAUGUCGCCUUGCCGCCGAUCCCCUCACGGCUCUACAUGCUGGCAACGGCGAACGCAGGCGCCGGUGGAGGUGCACAGGAUGAAUUUUAUUCAGAGAAUAGUACUAGUAGCAUAUUAGCAAAAGGAGAAGAGUAAAGACUAAAGGGUAAAAAUUAACCAACUGGAGUGAAUAUUACGCAAAUAUUGCUUGCGUAGAUCCCAUAAUACUCCCUGUGUGUGCGUCAUAUCAUGGAAGUUUGAAGGAGCAGUGCUCUGUUAGGAUAAGCCAGUAUCUUUGUCAAAGUUGAGAGUGCACUAUUGCAACUGAAAGUUUUGUAAAUUCCUGAAUCCGGAUCAAUAUAGUACCGUAUUACACC